AUGGCGCAGUAUGUGCUGGGAUACGUCACGAUGAUCGAAAGAAAGUUGCUGGAAGCAAAAGAGUACCAGCUGAACCACGUGUAUGCGCGCAUUGACAUGAUCAACUUUCGUCCAACGCAGUCGGUCACGGUGGGAAUUCUGGGACUCGGAGACAUUGGGCAAUACAGCGGCAAGAUGCUGCGCAGCUUUGGCUACAAUGUGCUUGGCUUCAAGCGCCGGGUGAGUAAGCAUGACAUGGCUGUCCUUGCCGAAUGUGCCGACCACGUCACCACGAGCCUGGAUGAAGUACUGGCCGAGAGCGACUACCUCAUCAACCUCCUGCCAAGCACCAAUGCGACGCGAUAUGUGCUGAAUGAAACCAAGCUGGAGUUGUGUCGUUCCCGCAAGCCCGUGUUCGUGAACAUUGGACGUGGAGACGUGAUAUCAGAGAAGACGCUGGUUGAUGCACUGAACAAGGGCACAUUUUCACGUGCUGUGCUAGAUGUGUUUGAGAAGGAACCGCUUCCAAAAGACAGUCCAUUGUGGGACCAUCCGUCGGUGCUGCUCACUCCUCACAUAUCGGGGAAAGUGUUCCCCGAGGAUGUCGCCGCAAUGUUUCUAGACAACUUCAAUCGCUACUUGAAGGGCGAGCCGGUACGGUACAAAGUGGACUGGGAGAAGGGCUACUAG